AUGGCUAGCAUAGUGCACGAAUGUGCUGUUCAUUUGAGUGCCAACUCAAAGCACGAUGAAGCAAAAGAAUUAGCCAGUUUUGCUAAUGAUAUCUUUAAUUUGAGCAACCAACAAGUCCCAGCAAGUUCCCUUUUUCCUCACACUAUCCCUCUACCUGAGUUAGUUCGCCGGCAUAUCCAGUAUUCGUGCAACGCACCAGCAACUAGCAAGAAAGAUGAAUGUGGAGAUGGUGUGGAGACGCAAAGCCCUUCGGUCACCUCUGAACAGCUAGAAGAAAUGCAAAUGAAAGGAAAUGAUUUGUUUAAAAACGGCUUUUACAACGAUGCAUUAAAAAUAUAUUGUGACGCCAUUGACAUAUCAAGGAAUACAGCUUUCUUUGAUGUGAGGUUGUUAAGUAAUCGAGCAUCGGUAUAUCUUAAGCUUGAGCAAUAUGAUGAAGCCUUGCAAGAUGCAGAAGAAUACAUAUUACAACACCCAAAAUGUUGGAGAGGUUAUGCGAAGAAAGCGUUGGCCCUUGUUGAGUUGAAGGAUACGCUGGGCGCUUAUGUUGCCGCUUCGUUAGCGUAUUACUACAAGAGGAAUGUAUUCCGUGACUUUGAACCUUUUAAUAGAAAAUUUGGUUCUUCACUCGAAAUGCGUAUGUGUAUAUGUCGCGAUUCCUCAGAUUUGUCAUUAGCCUUGUGGAAUGUAAGAAUUUGGUAUUUUCGGCGGAAUCCAUCGGCUAGCGUUUGUAACGAUGUACCAGUUAUCAUUCUAGAAAGCGGUGAUUACCGUAUUGAGUCUAUGGACUCUGAGCUAUUUCAUAGUGAUGGUAAGGAACGUUCACUUAUCAUUCACAAUUCCAUUCUUGUAGGUGGUGAAGGUGAAUGUUCGAUGACAUUUGAUGAUUAUCAUCAUGUAUGUUUCGCUCACGUUUUUAUAGCUUACAAUAUUAGGUUUCGCACUCGCUUUUCUAACUGUCAUUUUCUACCUGGCUUAAUCGUGAAACUCACUCGUUGUUCUUUUGAGAGUUCCAACGAUACUUACACUUCCUUUUUUUGCAAAGGGAAAUUGAAAGCCGAUUUUUGUAAGUUUCAUAGUUGCACGAUGGGCGGGUUGCUAGUUACCGGUGAUGCUGAGAUUGAAACUACAGAGUUUUACGGCAACGCAGUCGCUUUAGAGGUGCGGGAAGGUGGUCGUUUAGUUGUAAAAAACAGUAGAAUGUACGGCAAUUUGCAAGGUUUGCUUAUUGGUCCACAAGCAAAGGAAUGUGUUGUUGAAGAUUGUGAGGUUUAUGACAACGAGUGGGGUGGCAUUGUCGUUACUAAGUGUGCAUCUAAUGUUGUAAUAAAGGGGAACCGUAGUUAUGACAACGACUCGUGUGGGAUAUCAGUGGGUCACAAUUCAAAAGUAUCCAUUUUGGAGAACGAGAUUCUAAGUAACAGUGACUGGGGCAUAUAUGUUACUGACUCCAGUCAGGCUGUCGUGAAGAAAAACAAAAUAUAUAAUAAUCAGUGCGGUGGCAUUCUUGUAAAGUCAGAUCCCGCAAUUGAAAAGUCUGUUAUUGAAUAUAAUGAUAUUUCUUUCAAUUCUGGACCUGGAAUUUGCGAAGAAGGAUUGCCGACUCGACGCCGAGAAAACAUGUUGCAAGAUAACAAAGAAGAAAGGAAUCAAUCAACAGCACAAAGUGCAAUCAAGUUAUGUUACUGUUGCAAAAAAACGGAAAUGAAUUUAAAGAAAUGCAGCAAGUGCUAUACGGCUCAAUACUGUGGAAAACCAUGCCAGAAAAGUGAUUGGAAGAACCACAAGGAGAUGUGCGAUCGUCUCUUAUCUGGUGGAAGUAUUGUCCUAAACUAUGUUCCAAAACCAAUGAUGACGGCUCAUGUAUCUCCUAUUGAAUGGAGCCGAAGUACUGACCGUGGUGAUGAGGUGAAAACAGCUUUUAGAACAGCCACGCGAGGACUAGGUCUUCUACCUGUCGGUCCAAAAUACUGUCUGCCACCCAAUACGACUACCUGGUUCAUCGCUAAAAUCAGCGCAGGCAUUUCCGCCUUGUCGUUUGCGAAAAAACAAGAAUAUGACCCUUCCGUGGUUCGACUGUACGAUCGUAGUCUCACGAUAGAUGGGAUUUUGACUGGUGCUGAUCAAAUUCACAAUUUAGUUCGGAAGCAUGCCGCAAUGGGGCAAUUGAAGAAGGAAUGGAAAAAACUGUUCAUGUGGGUUAAAGGACAUGAACCUGGGAAACUUCGUGUUCUCAUUAACGAGUUUCCUUCAUAUCAACACUGGUGA